AUGGGCACCAAAGUGAUUUCAGUGGGAGCUGACAAGGUGGCGCGUUGCUUUGAUCUAAAUACGAACCAGGCCGGUGUCGUGGCGCAGCAUAAUGAUACAAUCCGCUGUGUCCGGUGGACCCGUGUCUUUGGUGGCGCUCUUGUGACUGGUGGGUGGGACAAGAGUGUCAAGAUCUGGAAGAUUGAGCCACAGCCCACCCUCAUAACCUCGAUGGAUUUGCCUGAGCGUGUGUACGCGAUGGAUGUGAUUGGCUUCAUUAUCAUUGUCGCCAUGGCCGAGCGCAAGAUUAUGGCGUUUCAGUGCAAUGAGGCCACCGGUACGGCUCAGCAGGUCGUGGACCAGUUUAGUCCGCUCAAGUUCCAGACACGCUCGCUGGCAGCUCUUCCCGAAGGUGACGGAUUUGCGCUGGGAGGUACGGAAGGGCGUGUGGCCGUGCACUACUUCCACGACCCGCCGGAUCCGAAAGAUGGCAAGGUCAAAAAGUUUGCAUUCCGUUGCCAUCGACGGACGAAUGCUGAUCAUCCAGAUGUGCCGCGCAACGAGACGCAGCUGUACCCCGUGAAUGCGAUUGCCUUCAAUGCGCAGGGCACAUUUGCUACGGGUGGUGGUGAUGGCUCUAUCAGCUUCUGGUGCAAAGCCAGUCGUACGCGUCUAAAAACGUUUGAGACGAAAGGCUCGGCGAUGGCGCCCAAGGAGCUCUUUAAGACGAAUCCGAAUCGCCUGCCGGUGACAGCGAUUGCAUUUAAUAUGGACGCAUCGAUCUUUGCCUACGCGCUGGGCUACGACUGGCACAAGGGAUACCAGGGUGCUACGACAGAGGCACAUGUAUUUAUCCACCCCGUCAAUCCCGAAGAUAUCAAGAAGCGUCCCCCGAAAGCAUAG